UAAUACUUUGUCCUCCUCCUCAUCUGAAGGUAAUCGAUAAGCCGGUUCGAGGUGGUGCUUCUGGAAGGAAUCACACGGUCGGGGGUCGGCAGAACAUCCCGUCCCGAAACCGAAUCAUCGGGAAGAAAGCCGAGGGUCCUUACCGGCCCUUCCAUUCCCCACUGAAGAUGCUGGGCUUCCCCAUGUACGGGAAGCCAUUUGGGCUCCAGUGUGGAGGACCAGUGACCUUCAGCUCUGCCCAGUAUAACUCCGCCCCCUCCCAGCAUAACUCCUCCCCCUCCCCGUGUAAACCCUCCCCCUCCCAGCAUAACUUCUCCCCCUCCAGUUCAGAAGGAAAAUCCACAACAGGAGUCUCUCUCCCUCCUUCCAGCGAAGCUCCAGAGUCCAGUAAUCCCGUUGGAGCCUCAUCGUCUUCCUCAGUGAAAGACCAGGAGGACGAGACCCCGAAAGGCAGGAAACGCCAGCUGCCCGACGACCAGAGCCCCGGCAACGAGACCCCUGCAGAACCCCAAAUAGCGGAGGGAAACCCCAACUGGCACCCUGAGAUGGCGCCCAGCUGUAAAGACGUGGUGGUCACUGACGUCACCUCCAACCUCCUCACCGUCACCAUUAAAGAGUUCCCCUCCCAAAACACCGCCCAGUCCGAAGACCCCGAGACAUAGGAGAGCACAUGUUCUGAAGGAAAACGUACCGAGACCCAGAAAGUCUGUUUGCAGCUCAUUUAAGAGAAGACUUUAUUCAUCCCGAAGGAAAUUGUUUUGCCAGAGUUACAAAAAUACAAUAAUCACAGCAAUAUGCCCUGUAGCGGCCUAAACCCCCAAAACACUCUUUCCAGAAGCCAUUUUGUAACUAUUGUCCACAUAAGCUAUAAUGCUAAUUAACACAACUUGUGCUAAUUGUACAAAAAUCCGGCAGUUUCUAUGUUCUGGAGACCCUACUAUACAUGUGUAUCGUAACACUUUGGGGUCUCUACACAGGACUCUAUGAGCUGCAGACAGACUCUAAAGGGACAUGGACAAAAGACAAAGCCAGUUAUUUACAGUCACAGAUACUGAGAGAAUCACGGACAUGAAUUCAUAGAUCGAUGCAGACUGGUUUACAGACUCUCUCGCUAUCUGUUUUGCAGAUUUAUGCUGAGUGUUAAUGCCUCGUGCUGUAAACACUUUUUAAAGCCCCUUAGACGAGUGUCAUUUGUGAUAUGUGGCACUAUGAGUGGUAUAUCGAUAGUCCAAGUGCUGAAACAAAUAGCUCUUCACCCGUGGCCGAAAUGUCCUUAAAAGGAAGUCCGAGAGUCACAGGAAGUUGUUGCUUUUGUUGUCCAUGUCCCUUUAGUACCUCGGUACAAAUGCCAUCGAUGAAGGAGGACAAAUAUCAGUGUUGCCCCCUUCCUCCCUUUUCCCCUUAGGUGUGUUUAGUUUUGCAAUGAAUGAAAUGCAAAGUAUCCGAACACCGCCGAGCCAUUGAAUAGUAAAAAGAAGAGCAUAUGUUUUUUAUAAGAAGUGUAUACAUUUGAAAACGGGCAGCUAAUACGCCCUCAAAUUGCCAUAUUUUGUCCACUUGCACACAGCACUGACUCUCUGACUCGUGGAUGGAGGUGCCGUUUGUCUCCUCUCACACACACACACACACACUGGCUUCAGGUUGUGUGUGUGUGAGCUUUUAUCAGCCUGAAGGAAACAAAAGCCACUCUUUGAUCCACAGGGUGUGAAGCCCCUUCUUCCCUUUAGUCUCACAUUGCAUCCACACAGCGAGGUAAUCACAACGCACUUGACUGCAUCGAAAAACAACCGAUUUGUAUGUAGACGAUCUGUAGUUGAUGAAUAUUUGAAGGCCUUUUCCUCCUCCUGCUCUCUUGAACGCAUAUACAUCCAGUAUUUAUAUGCACGCACAACCUAAAAAGCUAAAACAGUAAGUUAUUGCUCUCUCUCUCGCUCGCCUUGUAUUCUCACGUAUCCCCGCCUCCUGUCACUCGUCCGACUCGACUCUAAAAGUGAGUUUUCCUUCUUAGGGUUGGCUCUAAGGUCCACGAGCUGAACACACUUCAGGCCGAAGCUCCAACUGAACGCAGCUAAAUCAGUGUUUUAUGAUUCAGUGUAAACAUGUCUCCAUCACUUUCCUCUCCGUUCAGCGCGCUGUGCUUUUAUUACACGUCUUUGCAAACACCCAGAUAACGCCCGACGUAUUGGACUCACAAAGAAAAGCCCUUUAAUACAAACACAUCUCUAGGAUUCAAACCAUGAAGCAGCAGAAAGACUACGCCCUCACGCCCUAAUUGAUUGUAUGUGUUACCAUUUUAAUUAUCUCUAAUAAUACAGAUAUAUCGGCCCUUUAGGAUUCAUGUAUGAAACGGUGUUCGGUCAUUAUCUUGGGAAAAUGAUCCGAGGAAAACAUUCAUGGUUUUGAGAUAUGCCGAAAAAUAAUUAGUGAUUGUGGCAAUUUUAUUCUCGAGAUCAGAAGUUAAUUAUCUUAAUUAAACAAUUAGUGCAUUUUCUCGAGAAACCAGGAUAUAUAAUUAGGAGUAACGGCCCAUCCACACUACAGCUUCAAAAAAAGCUUGCCGGUGGGCGUGUCUGAAGCUCGACCAACAACCAAUCACAUGAA